AUGUCUGCUUAUUUACAGAAUGGACAGGUUUGUUGGAUCUAUUUCUAAUGUACCUGGUUACUCAGCUGAUACGCAGUAAAUUAAAGGGAAGCGGCUGCCCACAAUGUUCAGUUGUUGCACAAUGUGGGAUGUUGACUGUAUGGGAAAUUGGCAAAUACCUGUAAUGAUGCCUCUUAGAUAAAUGGAUUUUUUACUAUCUAUUUUCCGAAAAGAGAAAAUAAGGCUCCGCCUCCAGCAUAAAGCUCUGAAUGAAUGGAAAAGUAAAAUAAAAUAAAUGGAUGAUUAAAAAUGAUAAGUUUGCCCAGUUGACCUACAUGACUAUACAACCACUCCUUUACUUCGCUGCUGGAUUAUGUAUAAACAAAUUCGACAGGCUCCUUAGAAUUUCAGAGUAAGGACCAAAGUAAUCGGUCAUGAUGGUGGGUCAAUCUCAGUUGUUAAAACAAAAGUAUCUUGUAAUAGCCCCCCAAUCGAAGUAGUGCCACAGUUUCUUUCGAUACUGACCCCCUAUGUUUACUUAGAAUUGUGUUAUUUUUCACGUAAUAUUUCUUUUCGUGUUCCUCUUUUUUCGAGUUACCCUUGUAUCAUCCUGUACCGAUUUUUCUGUGUUCAUGAAGAUCAUGAUCUCACAUCUUCCCGUCUCCCCUAUGUUUUGUUACAGAUCACUAACGGUCAAGACGAUAGUGAAGUCUCCAUAGAUGACCUUCCAACCAAGCUUACUGGAUUGACAGAGGUAAGUUGUGCGAAGCCGCUGCAUGUACCUUCGUAAUCAACACUCAGAGUAAAAGCUCUGGCUGCCGGCCAGAUUCGCCGGCUGAUAAAGUGGUGAUCACUGGCUAGUUACUUGCCUGUGAUAACGCGGCAAAGGGUAUCAGCUUUCCGUGUUCUCUCUCUAUACCCCGCGUUCAUCUUCAAGGGGUUUCAAAAGAUUAAGACCUAAAUUUUGUUAGCAGGUCUCUCUUUGGGCCGGCUCAGUUCUGUUUUGAACCGACAGACUAUUUUAUUAGCUACAACCUUGUACAAGUUUGUUUGGGGAGUAAUGCUAUGAUUAAUUGUAAGCCAAACAGUAGGAAUUGGAAGGCGGUAAUGAAACUAUUGAUUAUACACGCGAUCUCCUGUCCCGACCUAUAAUUAUAGAUGCUUUCUUCUAGAAAAAAGGCUGAGGGAAACGAUUCACUUGUAUUCUGACUUUUUUUCGCUUGUUUUUCUCCAUUUAAGCAUCGUUUUUAACUGCCAUCGUGUUGCAGAUAAGUUACUAUAGUUGAAUUUCUGCCAUUAUGUUCUAGGUGCCCCAAAGGCAUUUCUCUCCUCCGCUGGUCUGUGUUAGUUUUUUUUUCCGCUUUUAGGUUGUUUUGUUUUUUUUGUUUUUUUGCUUUUUUUUUUUUAUAAUUCAUGUAGGCCUGAAAUAUUGUCGCAAUUCAGAGUAGGAAAGGUGAUUUUUUUUAAAAACAUUCUUCCAGGCUGAUCUACAGGCACGAAUUGCGGAAGAACAAAGCCGGAAUGAGGCUUCCUCGGGUGCCCUUGCACAUCUAGACGGAUUACCAGGUAACACUUGUAGCUCUUGUUAGUGCUCAAAGAAGAAGGGAACAAAAUAUUUAUACGGAAUCUAUGUUAAGAACUACAAGAAGAAAAUUUGUUUGCGCAAAACUGUUAGCCCGAAAUAUUUCACUUUGAAAACUCGCUUUAAUCUCCCCCUUUGUGUUGCGUCAAAAUAAAGAAUCACAGAACGGUUAUGCUCAAAGGAAAAUAGAACGAAACGAACCACAAAUAGAAAAUUAGUUUGCGCUUGAUUAUUAGCUCAUGGGGUGUUACUGUUAAUAGUUACCUUAAUCUCACACUUUGUGGUGCCGUCAACCCAAACAACUUCAGAACUGCUCUGUUAGAGUAAGGCUGGCUGUUGAACUUCGAUUUACUGUUAAAUAAAAAAUAGUAGAUUUGACAACUAAGACUCUUUCUUAUUUCAUUCGAGCUUCAGUGUGAGGUUUAUGUAUUCUUUGACUUUCUUAUCUCACUUUUGACAAUUUUUUAUGGUUUUCUUUUCAUUCAGAACUUGCAGGUGAUCCCGAGGCCUUGCGCGAGCCAGGUGAUUUGUCAGUUUUACAUAUAAACUAUUUUUUUAUUAUUCCACAAGUAACAUAGAAGUUUGAAUUCUUUUGUAAUUGGCUUGUACUCUGCAUCGGAUCUCUUUGCUGACAAUUAUGAUGACCUGUCUAUUUUUUUAUUUUUUUUUAACAGAAUCAUCCGAAAGGCCACUAAAUGGUUUACACGGGGAUGUGGACAAAUGAGCUGCUCUUCACUUUUAGCGACUGAGGAGCCGAUGGUGAACUCUCGCUUUAGAAUUUUUUUUUUCUUUUUUCGCAUUUCAAAGUUGAAUUUCGAAUUUGAAAACUGUGUCGAGGUUUUCCUGAGGGGUUUCUUGACCAUAACGCAAAAAAAGGGGGGAAAGAUAGAUAGCAGUGUUGAUGCGCAUUAACUGCAUUAGGUUAAGGAUAUCUCCUUUGGAAAAGAAAAACAAAAAAUUUUAAUAACAAGAUCAUUGCGUUCUCCAGUCCAAGCCUCGAAGUGAUUCUACAUCCCACACGUUACAGUAGCCAUGGUUGAAAGCAGUUUUUAUACUUUUGCAUUUGUUAUUCCGUGCGCUAUAAACUACACUUCCAAGGAUAAUACUGUAUGAGCGUAAACUUGGUCGACUAAAUUCGUUUUACCGUAACCAUAAAAGAAGACUUUUAUGAAUAAAAGCGUACAAGACGUCUAAGGUGUUUUUGACCAAAUGCGCUUUUGUGAGCGCGUCAUCGAAGUCAAGUUAUUUAGAGUGAGGUCGUCUUCUAUAAUCCUCAACGGUUGUGUGUGAGUUUGAUGUUAGGAAGGUCAUUAAUUGAAAAUUAUAUCUGUGCUAGAUUUUCCACCAGUAGGAUUUUUACCGGCAUAAUUUAUACAAGCCUGAUGUGACGAGGUAGUUUGCUAGUCUUGCUGGAUUUGAGUGGUAGUUAUUUAUUUCUUGUUAUUAAAUUUGUUCUGCAGUAAUAGUUUAUUGUGAUUAUUUAAAUGCUUGUGGAAGACCGUUCAAUUUCUAUUAUUUAUUAUAGUGUAUCUCAGCCUGCGCGUAGGCUGUCAAUAGAGGCAUUAGGGACUUUUAGCAGUUAGGACGGCAACGCCAAGGAAGACGUCGAUUUAAAAAUGAAUAGAUAUUUUUAGUUGAAAUUUCGCGACUGAAUG